GCAAAUAUUAUAUAAUAUGUACAUUAUGCACGGUAUUAUUUUUUAUCUGAGUGAUAACAUUUAAACAAGUGUGAACAUAAAGUGCUUUGGAGAAAGGUUUUAAAAAUGUCGUUAUUUAAACGCAUUAAAAGGUCUUUGACCGGAUCAAUACAAACGGAUGAUUACAAAUCUCGCGUGAUAAGUAGUAAUAAUAACGAAACUUCUACAACUUUUGAUCCUCAAAAACCACCGCCUGAAAUUAGUCAGCGAGAUGUUGACAUUCUUAGAGACUGUUGGAACAUAGUUCAACAGGAUGUUGCAAAAGUUGGGAUUAUUACCUUUGUCGGUCUGUUCGAGACCCAUCCAGAUGUGCAUGAUGCAUUCAUGUCAUUUCGGGCAGUAAACACAUCCGAACUAGAAUAUAAAGCAAUACUUCGUGCGCAUGCGUUACGAGUAAUGGGAACAGUGGACAAGUGUAUUUAUAGACUUGAAAACAGGGACAAAUUACAAGAGCUUAUGACAGAAAUGGGAAUUCGGCACAAGAACUAUUCCGUCAAAAUUGAAUUCAUUGAUUUGAUUGGUCAUCAGUUUAUCAGCUCAAUUAAGCCCAGUUUGGAAACAGUGUGGACAGACGAGCAUGAGAAAGCCUGGGAUAAUUUAUUUAAGCUCAUGUGUUAUCACACGAGGAAGGGAAUGUGUAGUAUAUAAGGAACGUUGAAUUUUAUGAAGAAAAUAACAUUUGGUACAGACUUAUAUGAUACAGUAUUAUGCACAUGCGUACAAAAUAUAUGCCGGAUAUUUUGUUUGCAAUCAAUAUUACAAUACAUCUGAUGGGAUUAACUGUCGUACAAUGGAAAUAUUGUACGUUUUAACUUUUUAAUAAGCAUAAUAAAUAAUGUUAAACAUUUGCUAUCUGUAGAUGCUAUUGCAAAAAUGCAUUAAGUGUUCCGUGUGAUAAAGGCUGUUGCCAGAUGCAAUCGUCUGGAUUUAUGCAAACGCCUACACUAAAUGCAGUUUUCAAUCACUUUCAUUGAAAAGAUGAAAUGCCUGAUUGAUACUAAUUUUAUUUCAAUUAUAAAUUUAUACAAACGAUUAAAAUAUAUUUGACGCUAAACUCUAUUAACCAAGAGUAAUAAAACAACUGUUUCAGAAUUGUCUGUGUUGCACCUUUUUCAGUUUAUUUAGUAAUGCUUAUUGUCCAUCAACAUUCAUGAUACCGACACACUGAUAUACACAUACUUAUUUUGACAAAUAUCAUAAUGUUAUAAAUUAUCAUCAUUUUACAAAUUGUCUUAAAAUUGUUAGCAUUAAAUUAUUAAAGAAUGUUAGCAAAAUCAUUACUCAGUAUGACAAAAAGCAACUAUCUGUUGUUGUAUGCAUUCGUAAAGCAGGUGAUCGAGUAAGUCAUUGCAAACGUUUAUAAGAGUGUCUAGUGUUGGUGAAUGUUUGGUUGAGUGUUUUUCUUUGUAGUUUCAACUGUAAUAGU